AUGGCGUCGCCUUCUCGAUCUCACAAGCUCAGCUUGGGGAAGGACUCACUGGGCGCCAGUACGUUUCUCGACGACCACCUUGAAUACAAAUCACGCCAAACAGGACCCUCGGCGAGUAUCGAUGGAGUUCUGGAGCAACCACCUCGAGUUCCCCGAAGCGUCGUUUCGAACCUUUCUCUCUCGAGCGCGUCGAGAAGAUCCAUCAGUGCCAUCCCCCCUUCACCGAUAGUGGCUCAAGAGAGUGGAACUAUUUACACAAUAUCCCACACCAAUUGUGUUCCUGAGGUUGGUGAUCCGGCAAGACUUGUCGCGACCAUCUUCUACAACUCGAGUGCACCGCGACAUCCCCAUAUCCACCCAGAUCAAUCUCCCCCAGCCAGACCGACAGAUCCAAUACCGGUUCCCGAGAUUGCUGAAGGCUCCGCGCCGACAACAAGCAUCUCAGAAUAUCCUCUGGAGCCGCCUGCACCUGAACCUGAACCUCUUGAUCAUCUGUACGGUGCCUACAUAUCUCAACUAUGCUUGACCCAUUUCCUCUCUACACUUGACAGUCUUCUGGUGCACAACACUCCUGAGGAAAGGCAACUGACUUCUUCCCACCGAUGUCUGGCACCGGAUCCAUUCAAACCGAGAGUAAUGGAGGUUACCUUUAGCCCUCCUCCAAACCCCGAAUACUUGCCGUUUUCUCUCAUCUCCAAGCACGAAUCGAUCUAUAAAUUCGAAAGAGAAUGGAAUUGCGAGGUCAUUCUGCAGCCCUCCAAUGUCUUCCGUCGACACAAACGUCUUUGCGUCUUUGACAUGGACUCCACCCUCAUCUGUCAGGAAGUGAUUGACGAGAUCGCCGCCUUUGUGGGCGUCAAAGACAAAGUUGCUGCUAUUACCGAGCGCGCCAUGAACGGAGAACUCGACUUUGCUGCAUCUCUAAAAGCAAGAGUAGCGUUGCUGAAGGGUGUGCCAAGCGACGUAUUUGAACGGCUCAAGCCCAAAAUUGUCAUCACCCCAGGGGCGAAAGAGUUGUGCAAAUGCCUGAAAAGACUCGGUUUCACUCUUGCUGUCUUCAGUGGUGGAUUCCAGCCUCUCGCGAAUUGGCUUGCUGGGGAACUGGGGCUCGACCAUGCGUUUGCGAAUCACCUUGCGGUUGACCCCGACUCCAGCACACUGACUGGAGAACUCGAAUCUGCGUACCCAAUCGUUGACUCUCAACACAAGCGUAACUUGUUGAUAAGCUUAGCAGCCAACAAAGGAAUUCCUCUUGUUCAGACAAUGGCGGUCGGGGAUGGCGCGAAUGACAUUCCCAUGCUCAAGACGGCUGGUCUGGGUGUGGCAUGGAAAGCCAAAUCCAAGGUCCAAAUGGAAGCUCCUGCCCGCCUGAAUAUUGGUGAGAGCAUGCUGGACUUGGCCUACUUGUUGGGUUUGUCCAAGGAAGAAAUCGACCAGCUUUUACGGGACUAG